UAAUCAUGUCUAAUUAAUUAACCAAAGCCAAGUGCCUUUUCCCAUUUCUCAAAUUUGAAUUUGACCAUUAAUGGUCAAUAUUGAUAUACAUAUAUAGAGAAGUGGAAAUGGCAUAUAAGGUGGAUCAUGAAUAUGAUUAUUUAUUCAAAAUUGUUUUAAUUGGAGAUUCUGGUGUUGGAAAAUCUAACAUACUUUCUAGGUUUACUCGAAAUGAAUUUUGUUUGGAAUCUAAAUCUACUAUUGGUGUUGAAUUUGCAACAAGGACCCUUCAGGUAGAAGGCAAGACAGUUAAGGCACAAAUAUGGGACACUGCAGGUCAAGAAAGGUACAGAGCCAUUACAAGUGCUUACUACAGAGGAGCUGUUGGUGCCCUUUUAGUUUACGACAUAACCAAAAGACAAACGUUUGAGAACGUAACGCGUUGGCUCCGCGAGCUACGUGACCAUGCAGACUCUAAUAUUGUCAUAAUGUUGGCUGGUAAUAAGUCGGAUUUGAACCAUCUCAGAUCAAUCCCCGAGCUAGAUGCUCGGGGAUUGGCUGAGAAAGAAGGGCUAUCAUUCCUCGAGACGUCUGCUCUCGAGGCAUAUAACGUUGAGAAAGCGUUCCAGACGAUUUUAUUGGACAUAUAUGAAAUUGUAAGUAGGAAAGCUUUGGCUGCUCAAGAAGCAGCAGCUGCUAUUCCUGGACAAGGCACUGCUAUUAAUGUUGGAGAGUAUGUUGGUAAUAAUAAUAAUAAGAGACCAUGUUGUUCUAAUUAAGUGGAAAAAAAGUUGAAAUUUUAG